AUGAAGCAGGAAAGGGAUGAACUCCAGAAGAUUCAAAAUGGAGACAAAAUCAGUAAUAAGGAACAUGGUAAAGCUUUCACUGAAUAUUCACACUUUUCUAAACAGCAAAAAAUCCAUGGCAUCGAGAAGGCUUAUAAAUGUAAUGAAUGUGGGAAAGUCUUUCGUCAGAGUUCAACUCUUUUCAGACACCAGAGAAUUCAUACUGGAGAGAAGCCCUAUAAAUGUAAUGAGUGUGGGAAAGUCUUUCGAUGGCAUUCAAACCUUAAGGUACAUCAGAAGUUUCAUACUGGAGAAAAGCCCUAUAAAUGUAAUGAAUGUGGGAAAGCCUUUACCCUAAAUUCAUCUCUUUUCAAUCACCAGAGAAUUCAUACUGGAGAGAAGCCUUAUAAAUGUGACAAGUGUGGAAAAGCAUUCCUUAGGCAUUCAAACUUUAAUUUACAUCAGAAGAGUCAUACUGGAGAAAAACCUUAUGAAUGUAUCAGAUGUGGUAAAGCCUUCACUCAAAAAUCAACCCUUUUCAAACAUCAAAGAAUUCAUACUGAAGAGAAACCUUUUAAAUGUGAUACAUGUGAGAAAGCCUUUUUUGAGAGCUCAAGCCUUAUUAGCCAUCAAAUGGUUCAUACUGGAGAGAAACCUUAUAUAUGUAAUGAAUGUGGAAAAGCCUUCAGUAAAAAGUCAGUCCUUGUCAAUCAUUGUAGAAUUCAUACUGGAGAGAAGCCAUAUAAAUGUAAAGAGUGUGGAAAAGCUUUCAGUCAGAGCUCAAAUCUCAGUGUACAUCAAAAGAUCCAUACUGGAGAGAAGCCUUAUAAAUGUAAUCAGUGUGGAAAAGCCUUCACUCAAAGUUCCUCUUUUUUCAAUCAUCAGAGAAUUCAUACUGGAGAGAAGCCUUAUAAAUGUAAUCAAUGUGGAAAAGCCUUCCUUAGAAGGUCAAACCUUAAUGUACAUCAGGAGAGUCAUACUGGAGAGAAACCUUAUAAAUGUACUAAAUGUCAUAAAGCCUACACUCAAAUGUCAACCCUUUUCAGACACCAGAAAAUUCAUACUGGAGAGAAGCCCUAUACAUGCAAUGAUUGUGGGAAAGGCUUCAUUGAUAGUUCAACCCUUAUUGUACAUCAGAUGACUCACACUGGAGAGAAGCCAUAUUCAUGUAACGAAUGUGGGAAAGAAUUCAGUACAAAUUCAGUCCUUGUUAGUCACCAAAGAAUUCAUACUGGAGAGAAACCUUAUAAAUGUAAUCAAUGUGGGAAAGCCUUUAGUCGGAGCUCAAAUCUUAGUGUUCACCAGAAGAUUCAUACUGGAGAGAAGCCUUAUACAUGUAAUGAGUGUGGAAAAGCCUUUAUUCAGAUAUCAAACCUUAAUGUACACCAGAAGAUCCACAUUGGAGAGAAAAAUUAUACAUGUAAUCAAUGUGGAAAAGCCUUCAGUGAACACUCAAUCCUUUUAAAUCACCAGAGAAUUCAUGAUGAAGAAAAGCCUUAUAAAUGUAAACAAUGUGGGAAAGCCUUUGUUGAAAAGUCAAAUCUUAAUAUACACCAAAAGAUUCAUAUUGGAGACAAACCUUAUAUAUGUAAUCACUGUGGGAAAGCCUUCACAGAUCGCUCGACCCUUUUCAACCACCAGAGAAUUCAUACCGGAGAGAAGCCAUAUAAAUGUAAUGAGUGUGGGAAAGCUUUUACUCAAAAUGCAACCCUUUUAAAACACCAGAGAAUUCAUACUGGAGAGAAACCAUAUAAAUGUAAGGAGUGUGGGAAAGCCUUCACUCAAAAUUCAACCCUUUUAAACCACCAAAGAAUUCAUACUGGAGAAAAGCCUUAUAAAUGUGAUGAGUGUGGGAUAGCCUUCAGUCAGAGGUCAACCCGUAUUAAACACCAGAGAAUGCAUACUGGAGAGAAACCUUAUAAAUGUAACACAUGUGGGAAAACCUUUAUAGAAAGUUCAAACCUCGUUCAACAUCAGAAGACUCAUACUGGAGAGAAACCUUAUAAAUGUAAAAUUUGUGGGAAAACCUUCAAUCAAAACUCGACCCUUUUCAACCACCAGAAAACUCACACUGGGGAGAAGCGUUAUAAAUGCGAGGAGUGUGGGAAAGCCUUUACUCAGAGCUCAACCCUUAUUUCUCAUCAGAUGAUUCACACUGGAGAAAAGCCUUAUACAUGUAGUGAAUGUGGGAAAGCCUUCCGUAAAAACUCAACACUAAAUGAGCACCAGAAAAUUCAUACUGAAGAGAAGCCUUGUAAAAAUGAGAAAUGUGAGAAAGUCUCAAGUCAGACUGCAACCCCUGUUUCACAAAAGACACUUCAUACUGGAGAGAAGCCUUAUAAAUGUAAUGAAUGUGGGAAAGUCUUCUCUAAAAAUUCAAUUCUUAUUAAACACAAGAGAAUUCAUACUGGAGAGAAGCCUUAUGAAUGUAAUGAAUGUGGGAAAGUCUUCACUCAGAGCUCAACCCUUAUUAAACACCAGCGAGUUCAUACUGAAGAGAAACCUUAUCAAUGUAACGAAUGUGGAAAAGUCUUCAAUCAAAAAUCUAACAUGAUACGACAUCAGAGAACACAUACUGGAGAGAAGCCUUAUAAAUGCCAUGAAUGUGGGAAAGCCUUUAUGAGAAAGUUCCUAUUGAUCUCACACACAAAGAAACAUAAUGGAGAGAAGAAGAAAAUGUAG